UAUUAAACGCUUAUUAAAAAAAUAUUUUCCAAUUGCCCUGUGCGAAAGGUUCAGUUGGUAAAAGAGCGAAGGAAUAUACACAUGCAGUAUAUUUCUUAGUUGAGUGAUAUUUUCCCAGAAUGCGACUCCUUCAUGUUAGUUUAAUAUAUCAUGCAUGAGCAUGAUCGUUUAUUGCCGUUUACAGCCAAAUAUAUAAUUCAUUUGUAAGUUUGCAUUAAUACACCGUUAAAAGAAAAAAAUGGCGGGAGACUUUAUAACAUUAAAUACGGGAUACAGAAUGCCAACCAUGACGAUGGGUUAUUGGUGUGUAUCACCAAAAGAUGCCCGAACCACUACACGUGCUGCUAUCGAAUGUGGAUACCGGCAUAUAGACAGUGCUUGGAUGUAUGGGAAUGAGAAAGAGAUCGGAGAUUCUUUGCAAGAAUUAUAUAAAGAGGGAAAAGUGAAGCGCGAAGAAAUGUUUAUAACAAGCAAACUGUGGCCACAAUUCAACAACCCAAAAUAUGUGAGAAAGGGCUUUAUGGAAAGCUUAAACAACUUGCAAACCGAAUACUUGGAUUUAUUCUUGAUUCACUUCCCAUGUGCUUUGCCGAAAACAGAUGAUAUCAUUCCACAAGACGAGAACGGAACUUAUCUUCACGACACUGGAGUUCAUUACGCGGAUACCUGGAAGGAGGUCGAGAAGUUACAAAAGGAAGGUUUGGUUCGAAGCAUCGGGAUUUCUAAUUUCAACGAAUACCAGAUAAACCGAAUAUUGAAAGAUUGCUCGAUUAAACCGGCUGUUCAUCAGAUUGAAUCUCAGCCGUACCUAGCUGAUGUGAAACAUAUAGAAUUCUGUAAAAGAAAUGGAAUUGCCGUGAUGACAUACGCAGUGCUGGGCUCCAAAACAAGAUUUUGGGCUACCGACAAAGACCCGGUUGUUCUUGAAGAUCCAGUUUUGAAAUCAAUUGCAGAAAAAGCGGGGAAAUCUGUCGCUCAAAUAGCAAUAAGAUUUCAAAUACAAAGAGGAGUAGCGGCAAUCGCAAAAAGUGUGCAACCCGAGCGAAUAAAAAGCAAUUUUCAAGUUUACGACUUCAGAUUGACCAAAGAUGAAAUGAAGCUGAUUUACGGUUUGGACAAAAAAUGGAGAGCGUUUGACAUGGCAUGGUUUCUCAGAGGUCACAAAUACUGGGCACACCAAGAAAAUUAUUCUGAAGAUUAAAAUGAACUAUUUUUACGACUCCCGCCUAUUUAAUUAAUGAUGAAUAAAUAUUAAUUUAAUUGCAAUCACUUUCGAUGUAAUGGGAAAUUACUAAAUUGUCUAAGCCUUU